CCUUGUGUAUAUAUAGACAUGUACUCCCACAUAUUCAAUCAAGGAAAAUAAUCUUUCUACAUGGUAUCAGAGCCUUAAAACACAAAACCCUAAUCCCCCUCUCCUCCUCCUCUCCCUCUCGGCCUAGUCACGCCGCUGCCCUCCUCCUUGCGCCGUCUUUUCCUGCGGCUGCCAAACCAGCGGCGACGCCGGCCUACCUCCCAACCGGCAUCCUCCUCUUUCUCUUUCCCUUACCAUGGCCGAAGUUAGCGAGGUCACCUCUCAAAAUCUCUCCUCCAAACCCCCACAUCUUGCUUUCACAACUGUCUCCAACGUGAAACUUCACGUUCCUGUUCAACUCAGUCUCUCUCAACCUAAUUACAAGAAGUGGAGUCGUUUGUUCCUCCUCUUAGUCAGGCGAUUCAAUCUUCAGGGCUACAUCGACGGUUUCGUCGUCCCCCUCUCUGACGACGACGACGAAUGGUUCCAACUCGACGCUCUUCUCCAGGGUUGGAUCCUCUCCACCAUCACCGAUGAAGUCUCAGAUCUGGUCAUCUCUUCUGUUUCCACCGCCUCUGCCCUCUGGAAGGUCAUCCACAACUUGUUCCAUGACAACAAACAUGCUCGUGCCAUGCAACUAGAGCAUGAAUUCCGUACUACCAUCAAGGGAAACUCUACCAUGGCAGCAUAUUGCCAACAGCUUCAGAAUCUCGCGGAUUGGCUCGAUGAUGUUGAUGCUCCUGUCUCUCAACACCAGCUUGUUCUCCAAAUGCUUCGGGGGCUUCCUGCGGACCUUCAGUCCCAAACGUCCUUCAUGCAAUUUCAAGAUCCCAUGCCGACGUUCCUGCAAGUCCGCUCAGCUCUCAUGCUCCUGGAUCAGCAACGGACCACCUUGGCCGACUCGGGCUCCACGGCCCUACUCACCAACCGCACCGGCGGCACUCACGGCGGUACUCCCGGCAGCUAUGGCGGACAGCAUGGCGGCUCCAUCUACGGUGAAGGCAACCCCGGACAGCGUGGAGGCUACGGACAAGACAAGGACGUGGCGGCGGAAAUCGGGGUCGAGGUCGCGAACGUCAAAACGGCUCAAGGCAACGACAACCUCACGAUGCCAACAAUACCUGGAACUCACCCUACCCCAACCCUAACCCGGGUCUCCUAGGCCCACGCCCCACACCCCCUCCCUACCCCGCCCACGCCCACUACA